AUGGCCAACAUGAGCCCGCGUCGCAGCUCCACAGAGCCCGUGGGGAAGGACGAGGACCAGGAGGAGGCGAAGGACGAGGACCAGGAGGAGGCGAAGGAGGAGGAGAUGGAGGCCGAGAAGGCCGAGGUGGAGGAGGAGGAAGAGAUCGUGGAGGAGGAGGAGGAGCUCGUGGAGGAGGAGGAGGAGAUCGUGGAGGAAGAGGAGGGAAAGGAGGAAGCAAAGGAGGAGGCGGGGAAAAAGGAGGAGCCCGACGCGUUCGACUUGGAUUACGUCUUGAAGCUCAUGGCCUUGGAGGACGACAGUGAAGAAGAGUCCCCUGUCUUCUUGCCCCGCCUGACCAGCGUCGUCAGCCCCAGCCUGAGCCCGACGCCACCUUUCAGCAGGUCGAGCCAGAGCGAGACGUGGGACCCCACGCCAAGCUCGCCAAGCUCCAGGCCGUCCUCCACCGUCUCCUCCCAGAGAAGUUUUCCUAAAAUAUUUCAGUCAUUUAAGAAAGACAUGCCCGAGAUGAAUUUUGAAAGGAUGCUCUAUCAAAGCUUGUUUCCAGGAAUUCCAACAUCAGUACAAACAGAAGAAAGUUGGCUUCAAGAUUUGUCUGAUCAAAAGUAUCACCCAAAAAAAGUGGCCAAUGAGAAAGCUGAACCUAAAAAUCUGGCUUCUGAGUUAAGAGAAAAAUGGGUAAUUAACCCAGAAGAUCCAAAAUUAAAGAUUUUAUAUGAGCUGGAGUUUAAGGACGACUUCAUCAAACUGUUUGCGCCUUCUCUGAGAACAUUACCCAGCAUUGGGCCACCAUCCAUUCUGACAUACAAACCAGAGAUUUCCAAUAUAAACAUUAAAUUCAAGGAAGAAGAGGAGGAGCUGUUGCCUAAGUGUGAAUACUGUGGGAGCGAUCUAAGAACGUUUCUUUCCAGUAUGGAUUUUUACUCCGACUACGGUAGCGUUCAACCAGCAAAACGAGACUCCUGCUGUGUUCAUUUCCAAAAUCUCGUUGAAUAUAUCUCCGUGGAAGAACAAAAAAUCCAAACCUCUGGUGAUGAGUUAAUCUGUAUUAACCCUCAUGCAGCCCACGGCAGUGAAGCCGAUAGACUCAAAGCAAAGGAAAAAGCCCUGCGGAGAAAACAGGAGCGACAAAUGGCCAGACAACUUGCAAUAAUAUCCAACGAGGAGGCUAAUUUCUCCGAAGAUGAUUCGAGGCACUUAAAAACAAUUUCUUAUCAACUCUCUGUGGAUAUUCCAGAAAAGAAGUCACCCGAGAAGAGCAUGUUUGAUUUUCAAGCAGAUGCCAGUAACUUACCCAUUAUCUGUUGUGAUUCUAGGAUAGCGUGUGGAAAGACCCUGGCGGAGGACCAGCUGUUAGAGAGGAGCUACAAACACGGGAACAAGUUUCUGACUUCAUUUCCAGAUGGGACAACACAAAUAUUCUACCCGUCAGGAAACCUGGCCAUCAUCCGAGUGCCCAACAAGAUAAAUGGCUUCACCUGUAUAAUCCAGGAAGACAUGCCCACCAAGCCCGCCAUCUUGGCACUGCUGGAUUCCUCCGGCAGAAGUUCCUGCUAUCACCCCAACGGAAAUGUCUGGGUAUGCAUCAAUAUCUUGGGAGGUCAAUAUUCAGAUGAAGCAGGCAACAGAGUAAGGGCUUGGAAUUGGUCAAGUUCUGUCGCUUCCACACCCUUCGUUUCAUUUAAACCAGUCUUUUUGGCUUUGAACCAUUACGUUGGAGUUCGCAUCUUAGAACAAGACAAAAUUUCAAUCACUUUCCUAGCAAUGGGGCAACAGGCAAGAAUCAGCGUUGGAACCAAAGUGAAGCUACCAAACCCUGAGGAGAUUCCGGUCCUCCGAUACUUGAGUGGGGAUGACCUUCUCCUGCUGGCCAGCUUAAUAAAGAUUCGUCGCCUGUUUCAUAAACUAGAAGGAUGUGUGAAUUUUCCCUCAAGCCAAGUCUGGGGUAAACUAAAGCAACCUUCUUACCUUUCUUCACUGUCUCUAAAGCUAAUUGCCCUGUGUCACAACUCCGGUAUAAGGCGAGAUACAAUGGCAACCAUAACAGGUAUAAUAAACGAGAAAAUUUAA